AUGGCAUCCCCUUCCGGUCCGUUAAUCGCCGACCCUGCGAAUGAGGACGAUCCCUCUGCUGUCUCCGAUUCGUUUUUUGCUUCCCAUGAUGAUGUCGAUCCCGCUGCCCCGGCCCUUCAUGACGAAGAUGAUUUACCCAUGAGGGACGAGGGGCUCAAGCCUGUCAAGGAACCGCUGCCUAUGCAAAAGCGUCGCCGGGUAACGCGGGCCUGUGAUGAAUGUCGUCGCAAGAAAAUCAAGUGCGACGGCAAGCAGCCGUGCACGCACUGCACGGUCUACAGUUACGAGUGCACCUACGACCAACCUUCCAACCGUCGUCGCAACCCCGCCCCGCAAUAUGUUGAAGCUCUGGAAACUCGACUGCACAAAGCCGAGGCCCUGCUGCGCGUCGUGCUUCCGGAUUUAAAUCUGGACGAUCCACAAUUCGACGUGCAUGCUACCGAGCAGAUGCUGGCCGCCAUCAAGCGUGAAAAACCCCCGCCUCCCCCGCAGCAACAGCAACAGCAGCCGCAGCAGGAACCGGCUGCACCACCUGCACCUGCUGAGACGACGAACGGAUCGCAACCCUCAGUCCCCGCUCCCGCUGACGAUACGACCACGGACGGGGCUAAUGGUGAUGAAUCGCUGCUUGAGUCGAUGGUCGAUAAUUCCGGUUACCUCGAUCUUGAUGACCAGGGACAUUGGGAUUAUCAUGGACACAGUUCUGGUAUGACAUUUAUCCGACGCCUGCGGAAGCAGCUCGGAGCUUCCGACAUGCCGCUGCCUACUCUCCGGUCGCGACCGGUCGCGCAAACGCUCUUCGACAGCCCCAAAUCCGUAUCUGAAUCGCCGCAAGAUGCGUCCCUGCCGCCCACUCAUGAUCUUCCCUCCCGGGAAAUUGGCCGGCGACUAUGUCACAACGCCUUGGACGAUGCCUGCGCGUUAAUGCGUUUCGUGCAUGAACCUACGUUUUACACCAUGUUUGAUCGAAUCUAUGAUACGCCAUUAGACCACUUUACCAACGAGGAGAAUUCCUUCCUGCCGCUACUCUAUAUCGUAAUGGCCGUCGGAUGUCUGUUUUCUGACGAUGGCUCCAGUACCUUGGACAUCUCAGGCUACGAGGGUGCUAUCGGGCAAGGGUUUCAAUACUUCAAAGCAGGUCGCCAGCUCCUGGAAAUAACCGACUGCCGCGACUUAACCUCGCUUCAGGCCAUCUGUUUCAUGAUUCUAUUCCUGCAAUCGUCCGCCAAACUUAGCACAUGCUACUCUUAUAUUGGUAUCGCGCAGCGAUCCGCUCUGCGAUUAGGCCUGCACCGCAAUGUGACGAUACACUUUACCCCUCUUGAGCAGGAGAUGCGCAAACGCAUCUUUUGGACGAUUCGCAGAAUGGAUGUCUAUGUCAGCACCUUACUCGGGUUACCUCUGAUGCUGAACGACGAUGACAUCGAUCAAGUGUACCCAGAGCCGGUCGAUUCGGAAUUUAUCACCAAGACUGGCAUCCUACCCGUGCCUUCGGAUCAUACCCCUUUGAUGGCUGGGGCGAUCGCGCAUACCCGGUUGACCAACAUCACACUCAAGGUUGUGCAAUACAUCUACCCUGUGAAGAAAGCGCAACAUCCUGUCGCAUCGGAUCAGCGCUAUGUGGUCAGCCACUCCAAAAUCCGGGAGAUCGAGAGGGAUCUUCAGGCCUGGAUGGAAGAGCUCCCCGCGGCUCUGCGACCGGGGACGGAGGUCUCCCCACAGCUCGAGCGCAUCCGCCAACUACUCCGCAUUAGUUACGCCCACGUUCAGGUCAUACUCUACCGGCCCUUCCUUCACUAUGUCUCCAGCGGCUCGCAAGCUCGAGGAGUGGACCGGCGAUCCUACGCUUGCGCUGCGGCCUGUGUUAGUGUCUCACGCAACAUCGUACAUAUCACGACCGGCAUGCAUAAGAGAGGGCUACUCAAUGGAUCGUUCUGGUUCACCAUGUAUACCACCUAUUUCGCCAUUUUGUCGCUGUUGUUCUUCGUGCUCGAGAAUCCCGAUUCUCCAACCGCAAAGGAUGGCGUCCUCAAAGACGCCAUGGAAGGCAAAAACACGUUGGCAGGAUUAGCGAAGAAGAGCAUGGCGGCAGACCGGUGCUCUCAGAGUCUCAAUGGUCUUUUCAAGAACCUUCCGGAGCUGCUCAAGAAUCGUCAGAGUGCGAAGAAGCGGGCGAGCUUGAAGCGGCCCGCCCCCUCGUCUGGCCACCACCACCGCCCACCUCCCGCCAAGAGCGCCGCGAGCGCUGCCGCCUCGGUGCCCUUGGAGAUGCCACCACCACAGCGUGCCAACACUUUCCCUACGCAACUGCUCAGUCGAUCGGUGAAGCAAGAGGCUAGCAAUACCCCCAAGAGCUUCGAUGACAGUGCUGCUAGCCGCAGUCCUGCUUCUAAUGUGCGCCCAAGCCAGCCUUCAACGUGGAUCCCGUCCACGCCCGAGAUGGCCGCUGAUGCCGUGUCCACGCCGUCGGAUAUUGCAUCCAACAACGACAGGACGCCCGCGUCGACAGGGGCAUCUCCGGUAUCCAUGUCGCUCGCCUUGGGCGAAGUCACACCAAAUCAAUUUGGGGCGCACGCAUUCGCCAAUCCCAGUCAGUUCCCAGAUCUAAUGCCCAUCAUGUUCCCAUCGGACGACCCUUUUGCCUAUCCGACACAACCGAUGUCUACACUAGAGAACGAUCACUUCGGCCAGGACCCAGCCAGCGCUACGACUGCCACCUCUUUCGCCCCUGGUUUGGCCUCCACGGCCGACGGCAGCACCGUCAGCACGAUGGGAGUAUCCACCCCCACAUUGGACGGCUUCGGCAAUUUCUCCGUCUUCUCCAGCGGAAAUCCGGGGGCCAUCAGCUCCAGUGUGCCGGGACGCUUGCCCAAUCAGCCACCGCAUCAUAUCAACCACUCGCGGCUGCAGUCGCCUGUCUCCCAUGGAACUUCGACCCCUGCCAACGGCGCCGAAGCCGUCAACAGCCCCGAUCUGGUCUCCCUGCCUAACCAGAACUUCAUCUGGCAAGGCUACAAUUUCCAGCCUCCCAGUAAUUUCCCCACGGAGAUGAUGACCGCGACAGCCACGCGGACCGGAUUGGGUCAAUUCGGAAUGGGCGCGCCCGACCCCACGUCGCUGGGCGUCGGAUUAGACUUGGGCCUCCCGCUUGACGAUAUUUUCGGCAAUACCGACGCAUGUCGGCCCGGCGGCUUCAGUAAUGAGGAAUGGCUUCAGUUCAUGAAUGCCGGGAAUUAA